ACGAUCAGCAUUGCACCACACUGAUGAUAUGAUGAUAUGUGGUCGGCUGCAACAUUCAGAGCACAAGAGAGAGGGGGCGACGGGUUUUUUUGGCUGGGGUGUCUGCUGCACAUCUGCAGAGCAUCAACCUUGAGAAUGAUGCAAACGGAUCUUUCUCUUAUCAUGGUUGCAUAACUGCAGUGGCUGUACAGAUCACCAAAAUUGCUAUUGUCUCAUAAUCCACCCAGGAGGCUUUUAUUUUGACAGCGCAAGGGGAAAAAUACCAUAUGGGGUGGAGUGGAGAGGGGGCACCCAAACUGUAAUGACAUCAUUCAUUCCUUACCCCACCUAUACAAGAACACACACAUAUGAGGCCCACUCACGAAAGUGUCGGUUCCGCCUGGACACAGCACGUAAAAGGAGACGCCGGGCUCCGCGUAGAAGUCCAGCCGCCUCUCGUCGUCCUCCUCGGCGAAGAUGAGGUCGAACGGGUUGCCGGAGCACCACUUCUCGGCCGCCUCCACCAGAUGCUUGAACUCCAUCCUCGGUUAUCCCGUCAAGCGCGUCCCCCCUCCGUCCCGUCCUUCCCGGACCCCCGGUGGUCGAUGUUCACGAAGAAGAGACAAAGAAGACGAGCAGCAUCAGCAGCGUCCUUUAGUGGUGCAUCUCCUACUAGGUUGCACAGACACAGCCCAGCAGAAGUCAGCGGAUGAGCCCCAUUCCUGUGCUGCUGUAGCCGCGUUAUGAAACCAGCCUGUCGGGCGAGUGCAUGAACACGCAAGGGGACGCUGGAAAAAACGCGAUGACGAACGCUGAAUGCAGGCAGGCGUCCAUAUUGGAGCGCUGAACCCAUCCAACUUUGUCACUGUGCUCACAUUUCAUCAUAUUUAGGAUAUCACAUAGGAUCAUCAUUCCCCUACAUUGAACCAGAAUAUUGUUGGGAAAUCCACUCACCGCACCUGCUUAAUAAUACAAGAGCUGUUGUUAAACAGUGUGGUUUGCAACCAGGGCUGGACUGGAAUUGGAAACUGGAAACUGGAUUUGGCUCUGGACUUUUUGGUCCAGACUCACACACUACAAUCCAUGUGCCAACUCGCCCCGAUAAUGUACAUACAAACACACAAGCUCUUAAUAACCACUAUACUAAACAGUAUCCUUCUAUAUUCUGGAGCCUUGAAUAUGAAUGUGAGUGAGAUCAUUUAUCGGUGGGCUCACUGGGCUGCUAGGGUCUCUGGUGAGAUCAUGUCCACAGGAGAUCACAAAUCUGGGCAGGAAAAGUAGAGGAAUAGUGUGGAAUAGUUAUUUGACUUGUUGGCUAAAUGGAAAACAAUAUUAUAACAGUAGUGUCUAACAGUAGGGCUUUAUUCGUUGUAAUGGUAUAACGUGUAACUGUUGAAAGGACAAUAAACCAUAAACACUGUCUGAAAAAAUAUGGAAAGCAUACAUAUUGUUUACAUUGUUACAUCAAUGUCUUUCAUGAUGCAAACUGUGGGCACUAAAAAAGGUGCAUGUUGGCACUUUAAACACUUGAACUCUGCAGGUGGCACGAUUGGGGGAUGCCAUGAAUGAUUCCAAAGUGUAAAAAAAAAGCAGAUUUCGAUGCUCAAAACACAUCACACUGCAACAUAUAACUUGUAAGCUUGGAGAUGUGGAAUGUGGCAUCCAGUAUCACUUAAAUGCUUCAUAAAAGCAAAGCAUCAAUGAGUCAGUAUAGUAUGCUUAUUGUUUUCCAAUAUUUUCAAUAAGUAGAUUUUGUUGUAACAUACCAUACCAUGUUUGCUAUGUACCUGUAUUAUGCCAAGUAAAGUUAACAGAGAGUUAAACAAGCGUUCUGAACCAUUUACAGUGGCUCCUCGGUUUUCCCCACCAAACACACGUUUGCACACAGAUUCAAAUAAUUAUGUAAAUAAAACCUCUUAGUUAGAGGUUUUGGAGAUAAAUUCAGAGAGGCCAGACUGAGAUGGUUUGGACAUGUCCAGAGGAGAGAGAGGGAAUAUAUAGGUAGAAGGAUGCUGAGUUUGGAACUGCCAGGCUGGAGGCCUAGAGGAAGACCAAAGAGGAGGUUUAUGGAUGUAGUGAAACAGGACAUGAAGGUAGUUGGUGUGAGAGAAGAGGAUGCAGGAGACAGGGUUAGAUGGAGGCAAUCGAGUCACUGUGGCGACCCCUGAAGGGAAAAGCCGAAAGGAGAAGAAGAAGAGGAGGAUGUAAAUAAAACCUCUGAUAUUAAAAUCGGUUUAGUUGACAUGACCCAGGCAGAACAAGCGACCGACACGUUAACAACUUACAGAGCCAGAUGAACACUCCUGGCUAACUAGCAAAACACGGGUGAGCAAUACCAGGCACUCAUGUAGUGACAGCGGUGAUGGCCAAUCACACAUUAGGAAGAUGCAGAAUGAGCCAAUCAACGAGCUUGUCGGCGAUCUAACUUGACGGCCGUUUUCCGCUUGGUCCUAGUGUUUGACAGAUCAAUUUGCUUUUAAUAUAGAUUUCAGUACCGCGCGGCAAUAAAUAAAUAAAUAAAUGAAUAAAUAAAUAAAUGUCUGUGCAUCAGCACAUUUUUUUGUCGGCCCACCGAGAAAACUCCCGGUACUAGUGAUCCUAUUGCAACAGUGCAUUGCAUCAAUAUAUGAGCCGUUUUGAUCAUGCAGCCAUGCAAAACUCAGCUACCUACCCUAUUUAAAAAUGAGAAAAGCCCCCAUUUUCUUCUAUGAAUAUAAAUUAAGUUAAUCAAAUCAAAUCAAUGGCUCUAAUAAUCACAUAUUUUAUUGAUUUUAUUGAUUUUAUUGAUACGGUGUACCUACAUUUGUUGUGUAGGAAAUGGUCGACAACAUAUGUUCGUUGUAAAUCAGCAGCCUUGCAGUGUAAGAUCUCACCACUAGGGGGCGUAUGAAGUCAGGUCUCCAGCCAUUGAUGAUGGUUUAAGUCAAGGUACAUGAGAACCGCCAAUAACACCGGAAGUUAGAAACGAGCCUUUGUUAGAAAGGGGUCCUUACGAUGUCAAAUUUGGUUGCACAGAUUACAUACUUUUAUAAGAGGCACAUAAUGAGGCUGUAUGUUUGAUGUAUACACCUAUUUGAUAUGCCAAAAAUGUCUGCACGUUUCAGAUGGACUUAGUAUGCACAGUAUGAUCAAGACAUAAUAGUAUCAUAUAGAGUGAUACACAUGAAAAAUAUUAUAUUUAUGGCUCUAAUCACUUAAUACACGAUGAUUCAUAAUCGCUGAACCACAGGAAACUGGACUCCUCAACCAAUAAUAGUUGUUUUUUAUUUUGAAGGCAAGCACCGGAAGUUGUGUUUUUGUGCAUCACAGGUGGUCUAACGGUACUUUUUCUCAUACUUCGGUCCUUGAGGUUGUGAUCCUCGCCAGUCUUUUGGCUCACUGCGGCCAACCUGGCGUCCAGGACCCCCCUUCCAGACCCCCAGAGACCGUGAAAGCGUGCAGGAGGCUGAACGUGAAGCAUGCUAUGUGGCUGUAGAGGUUAAAGAGGGUGCAUCUUUGGUGUGCGCCCCCCCCCCCCCGUCUAACCCGGAGUGUGAGCUGAGUUUUAUUUGUAUUUCUCCCCCAAAACUCUUCCCUGACAAUGGACCCUUUGCAAACUGGGGCUACUAAUGAGGAAGACUCUCUGGGUGCUGAGGAAGAAGAAGAGGUGGAUCCAAGAAUCCAGGGAGAAUUGGAGAAGUUAAACCAGUCCACGGAUGAUAUCAACCGCUGGGAGACUGAACUGGAGGAGUAUCGUCAGCGGUUCCGUGCGGUGCUCGUGGAAGCGACGGUCAAGCUGGACGAGCAGGUGAAGAAAAUCGGUCGUGCUGUGGACGACGCCAAACCGUACUGGGAAGCUCGCAAAGUUGCCAGACAGGCCCAGGUUGAAUCCCAGAGGGCCACGCAGGAGUUCCAGCGUGCGGUGGAGAUCCUGCGGGCUGCCAAGGAGACCAUCGCCCUGGCAGAGGAGAGGCUGCUGGAGGAGGACAGCCGCCAGUUUGACUCCGCUUGGCAGGAAAUGCUCAACCACGCCACACAGAGGGUAAUGGAGGCCGAGCAGACCAGAAUGCACAGCGAGGCCGAGCACAAGAAGACGGCGGCCAAUUACAACUCCUGCAUCAGCCACAUGAAGCAACUCGAGAAGAAACUCAAACGCUCCAUCAACAAAUCAAAGCCAUAUUUUGAACUGAAAGCAAAGUAUUAUCUCCAGCUUGAGCAACUGAAGCGGCACGUCGACGAGCGCCAGGCCAAGCUGGUGGCAGCUAAGGCUGAGUACCGUGCGGCCCUCCGCAACCUGGAGAGCAUCUCCGAGGAGAUCCACGCCCAGCGUCGCUCCAUCACCAUGGGCACCCGAGAGCGAGGCGUCGGCUCCGAGGGUGACAGCGAGGACAUUGACAGCUUUAAGAUGGAUUCGGACGGCCUGUCAAUGGUGUCAGUGUCUAUGGACGACGAGGCCGCUCAUAGUAGCGGCUCAGAGGAAGACGCCGCCUCCACGCCCCUCAACAUGCCCUCCCCGUCGUACACCUCGUCCUUGCUCCACACCCCACCCUCCCUCUCCUCUUCCUCCUCUUCUUCAUGCACGGGCGGCCUGGAGGAGUUAGCCAGCCCAUGCAGCUCUCACGGCCCAGACUCAGUGUGUGGUAGUGGGCAUGGCUCGCCUCUUCUGGGCCCUCGGAGCCAGUGCAGCGGAGCAUCCUCUCCAGACUGUGACCAGGAGAGAGGCGACAGAGCAGAAGGAGCAGAGGGGACGUUAGAAGACGGUCUGAGCAAGCUUAACUUGACUGUUGCACAAACACAGGAAGAUGCAGCGGAUGAAACGGAGCCGGAAUACACGAGCAAUGAACUGUCCUGCGCUCCCACCGUUCUGCUGCUAAACGGUGUCUAGACAGAACAAAACCUUCAGGAAAGGUGCCAUAAACAUCAGUGUUGCAUUGUCAAAGAACUUGUCGAUCCAUGUUGAUGCAUUGUGAAGACAUCAUCGUAAAUGUGGAAGGGUGGGUGCCCUUCAAAGAACUUCAUCUUCCUACUCUUCUCGUGCGCCAUCCAGUGUUUUUGUUUUGUACUGCAGUUAACAGUCUCCCAAGUGUCGAAAGAUAAUCUCAUAGUACUAAAAUAUUACAGUAAGGAGCAUCAAAAAUGCUAAAAGAUGGAACUAAAUCCUGUCAGACUGGGCUAUAUGAUGGAAAUAGUGCACACGCUAACCAACAAUCCACUGGGAUUAGAGAACAAGUGUUUGUAAUGACAGUCAAGUGAGAGAGUGAAUGUUUUUUUUAAUUGUGUCUUGGGUGUUCUUUUUUUUAAUGCUCAAAAAGUGUCUUGGGUGUUCGCUUUUUAAUGCUCAAAUAUCGUUCUGCUAUGUUUAUAUACCUAUUAUUGCACACGCACGUUAUUUUGUGUUCUUUAACACAGAAUAAGCAAUAAACACGUGCUUCAUGUAAUAUUAUUUUCUCUCCAUGGGUCUAAAUAUUUGCAACACUUUCUCUGGAAAUAGCCACAGAACUCAUGCAUGCCCACUUGCAUGUUUUUUCUCUGCAGUAAUACUUAAUGUAGUACUUAUUGUGGUCCUGCACUUUCUCUUGCUGAAUAUAUUAUAUUUAUGUACAUUUAAAAAAUAGAAUAAAUAGAUAAUUUCUUUCUUUCCCAGCUGUUAUUGUAGUGUAGGGACCCUGUCUUAGAGUCUCAAUGAAAUCUCACGACUCUAGGUUCCAACAGGAACCGGAAAAGCGAACUUUCUUUUUAAAAUCUGCUGUUUGCAAAAAUACAAGCUGCUUCUCCUGUUGACCAUAUUGUCAACACUGACAUCUAGUGCAAGCUGUAGGUUUGUUUUAGCGUUUCAAACUUGACUAUAUCCUGCUACAAAUGGAUAAUUGUGAACACUACUCUUACUACUACUAGCAUCUCUGUA